GACGGCGCUCGUUUUCGUUCGCCUUUGGAGUCCCGCCUCCAGUGAGCGAGGGAUGGAGCGGGAGGUGGCGAGAUUGGGGAAGGGUGCCAUCUGCUGCGGUUGGAACUACUGCGGCCUGAGGCUGGCCGUUGGCUUCGUCGACGGCUCCAUCUCCAUUCAUGACUCCCUCGAUUCAGGCUCUUCCUCUUCUGCCUCUCCUUCCUCCUCCAAAUGGAAGGCGCAUGCGAGCAGCGUUCUGAACGUAGUUUGGGCUCCUCCAGAAUGUGGCGAUGCCAUUGCCUGCAUCUGCAAUGAUGGAACCUUUUCCUUGUGGGAGGAGACUGGCGAAGGUUCGAAAUCCACUGAUACUGAACAUCCAACAUGGAAACUGUGUAAACUCUUUGAGAGCAGUGGCUCACCUGUACUUGAUCUCCAAUUUGGGGUAUUCUCGACAAGUUUAAAGAUGGUUGCUGCCUGUUCAGAUGGAUAUGUGAAGGUCUAUGAGCUUUUGGAUCCUUUGGAAUUUAACAAGUGGCAACUUCAGGCAGAGUUCCAGAAUGUGCUUGAUUCUGUUUCCAGAUUUGGAAAAGUAUCAUGCUCAUCUGCAUCCAUCGCUUGGAAUCCCCAAAGAGGUGAAGGCCAACAGUGUAGUUUUGUCCUUGGUUUCAGUUCUGAUCUCCCUCAGUUCAAUUCAUCCAAGAUUUGGGAGUUUGACGAGGCUCAUCAGCGCUGGAUACCAGUUGCUGAGCUAGCUUUACCUGGAGAUGAUAGUGAUAUGGUGCAUGCUGUAGCCUGGGCUCCAAACAUAGGCAGGCCAUUUGAAGUUAUAGCUGUUGCAACUUGCAAAGGUAUUGCAAUAUGGCAUGUACUCUUGGAUCCUGAAUCCAAUGGAAGACCUACAACCGAAAAGGUUGCAUUACUUCCCGGGCAUGAUGGUGAGGUUUGGCAACUUGAGUGGGACAUGGGCGGUAUGACUUUAGCAUCAACUGGCAGUGAUGGCAUGGUUAGGUUGUGGCAAUCCAACAUAAAUGGGAUCUGGCAUGAACAUGCAUCCCUUGAUUGCAGUGGUGCACAAUCAUAAUAUCAUAAAUUGGGGUCAUCUGAGUGGCUCGGUAACUCUUCUUUCGUUAUAACAGCCAAUUUUUUGUUUGGAAUGAUUGGUUUGUUUGGACUUGGACCAGACUUUAGCUUUGAGUAAUCAGCUAGCCAUUUAAGAUUUGCCUUUUAAUGCUUUAUUAAUUUUAAAGUGAA